AUGUGGAAGCCUUCCCUCAAUUUCAUCACUUUGCAUUAUGCGUAUAUCAUCACUUUGAGCAUCCUCAGUUUGGCAAUUAUCUAUCCAUAUGGCAAUCUCCGAGCCAUCGACGCGUUCUUCUUCGGGGCCAGUGCCUCGACAGAAUCCGGACUGAAUACUGUUGAUGUCAAUCUCUUGAAAACGUAUCAACAGGUCUACAUCUAUGUGACUCCCAUUAUCAGCAAUCUGGGUUUCGUCAACAUAAUCGUGGUGAUUGUACGGUUGCGCUGGUUCGAAAAGCGUCUCAAGGAAGUUGCCCCUAUCCUUCUCCGGCAAAGACGGAAAGAUGAUGCAGAAGCGAGAGCGGACAGUACUUCGAAGACGGCCACAGCUUCCGAUGCCCCAAUUACAGAGAAACAAGAUUCUUUUCGGACUGAGUCGCAGAGUCCGCCCUUGCGCAAUCCAGAUUCCCGGUUCCCCUCUCACAGUAUCACCUUUGCCGAAGAUGUGCACGAUGCUAGCCGGGACAGGCCUCUAUACGUACCUCCUCCCUGGCAACGAGAUCGAGGACAGCCCAUCGUGGAAGUCGAUGAUGAGCUGAGCGACUGUGAGCGAACCAAAUCCGCCGACGCUCAGAUCCACCCCGGUACUUCCCGCCGGCGGUUCAAGCUGGCUCGGACAAGCACGCUGGAGCGAGUUGCGUCCACGAUGUUUGUCCUCGGCCCUUCCGCAAGCCAUCCCUCCAGGGCGCAGACGCAGCCCCUCGAGCCGCCCCUUUCGCAGCAGCUGGACCUGCCUGAACUAUCAUCGCACGCUACGAUCGGCCGGAACUCGCAAUUCCAUAACCUGACCGACGAGGAUCGGGAGAUGCUGGGUGGGAUCGAAUACCGCAGUUUGAAACUGUUGCUCAAGAUUGUCACUGGGUAUUUCUUCGGACUUCAUCUCUUCGGUGCAAUCUGCCUGGUCGGCUGGAUCCAGCACGCAGAUCCCAAGUAUCGUGAAUACCUUGCCAAAUGCGGCCAAGGAAACAUCUGGUGGGCCUUCUAUUCCGCCCAGUCAAUGGUAGACAACCUCGGCUUCACCCUCACCCCCGACUCAAUGGUCAGCUUUCAGGACGCAACCUUCCCUCUACUCGUCAUGAGUUUCCUCGCCUAUGCCGGCAACACCUUCUACCCCUGCCUCCUGCGCUUCAUCAUCUGGACCAUGUCCAAGCUCUGCCCGCGCCGCUCAUCCCUCCAGGAACCCCUCGCCUUCCUCCUCACCCACCCCCGCCGCUGCUACACCCUCCUCUUCCCCAGCAAACCCACCUGGGUCCUCUUCGCCAUCCUCUUCACCAUGAACCUCGUCGACGUCAUCCUCAUCGUCGUCCUCGACCUCCACAACCCCACCGUCACCGUCCUGCCCCCCGGCCCCCGCGUCCUAGCCGCUAUCUUCCAGGCCGCGUCAGCCCGCCAUACCGGUACGGCAGUCUUCAACCUCGCGAACGUCAAUCCCGCGGUGCAGUUUAGUUUGUUGGUCAUGAUGUACAUCGCCAUCUACCCCAUCGCGAUCAGCGUCCGCGCGUCAAAUACCUACGAGGAACGCGCGCUGGGCAUCUACCCCGACGACGCGGCGACUAUCGAUGAGUCGGACGGCCGGUCCUAUGUUCUAUCGCAUAUCCGCAACCAGCUUACCUUUGACUUGUGGUAUAUCUUUCUGGGGAUCUUUUGUAUUUGCAUUGCGGAGUCGGAUCGGGUUAUGGAUCCCGCGGAGCCGGCAUUCGCCGUUUUCCCCAUUUUCUUUGAGGUUGUGUCCGCGUAUGCAAACGUCGGUCUAAGUCUAGGCUAUCCGACUGUGAAUACCUCCCUCAGCGGACAGUUCUCCGUCUUCAGCAAAUUGGUUAUCUGUGCGAUGAUGAUCCGCGGGCGGCAUCGGGGCCUACCGUAUCAGCUGGAUCGGGCGAUUGUGCUGCCGAAUGAGCGGUUGGAUGACAGUCUGGAGAGAGUUGAUGACGUGAGGUCGGUGAAGAGGAUGCGGCGGAUUAAGCGGUUUCAUACUAGCUAG